AUGAUCCUGCCGAUCCCCAUCGCCCUCGCCUCGGGGCCGGAGCUGCCGCUGCCGUUUGUCCUCAGCUGUCUGACAGUCGCCGAAGCGCAUGCCGAGAGCUCUACAACAUCAUCCGACAGCUCAGAGCAGUCGCUGCCGCCACCGACACCAAGCCGCCCUGUCACCCCACCGCCGCGUCCAGAGCCGCAUCAUGCCGCCCGGGUCAUCAUCUUCUCCCGUCCGGGCUUUGUCGGCAAGCAGAGCUCGCUCGGCCAGGGCGCGUUUUCGCUCGGCGGCUCCGUGGCCGCCGACUUUUCUGUCCGCCUCGCCCGUGGCCUACAGAUUGCCUUCUUUGUCGACGACCGCUGCGCUGGCGACUCGCCACUCGGCCCAGGCACAUACCCACCCUCGGUGCUAGGAUUCUCACCCAUUGCCUCCAUCGAUGUCUCACCGGGCUUUACCGUCCACGCACACAUGGCCAACGGCGUCGUCGACUCGGCCUCGGAACCGCGCCCGGACAUUGACUGGCGCAGCAUCCGCUCGCUUGCUGUCCUCCCCAUUUGUCCACGCGGCUGCAACGGCGGGCGCUGCAUCGGCCCUGCCCGCUGCGCAUGCCUGGAUGGCUGGAUCGGCGACGACUGUUCCAGCCGCGCCGUCGACGCCACCUCGCGCGUUGUCUGUCCACUCCUCACGCUUCGCGCCGGCUCGCGCGUAUGGUGCUCCAUUCAGCCACGCUUCCGCGACGCUUCCGUCACCGGCGUGGCCGGUCUUGCUGCCGCCUUUGUGGCCACAAACAUUGCCACCGGCGAGCGCCUUGUUAUCGACGAUACCGCCCGCUUCGCCUUUGACGUUGUCGGGCCGCCGCUGCCCUCGUCGUCGCCGCGCGAGCUGAUUCGUGUCGUCGUUGCCGCCACUGGCCACAUCCUCUCAGUCCCGCACUUUGCGGUUGUCGGCACGCCUGACGCCACCUCGACUGUGGCUUGCAAUCACUCGCUCCCGCUCUCGCUCUUGCCGGGCUCUUCCGUCGACUGUGAGCUCCGCGCUCGCCAGGCCGAUGACGCCAUCAUGGCCCGCUCCUCCGACUUUGCCCUCGCCGUCGAUACUGGAUGUCUCGCCGCAACACCGAUCACGCCGCUUCGCACAGCGCGCAUGCCCGGACGUGCCCAACUGGCGUCCACCUUUCGCUUUCGUCUCAUCGCCAAGCACACUCCGGCCUCGCAGGACUGCCCAUGGUCGGUCACUCUCGCUGAUGCCACCACUCGGCUCCACACUCCGCAUGUCAGCAUCUAUCUUCCGCUAGCUACCGACCAUCUGGGCCAGGCCUCGCUUGCACUUUACGCUGGCAAUCUUCGUGCCGCCGCCCGCCAUGCGAGUCAGGCCGUCGCCCACACUGGCGACACUGCCGCCGUCAUGCUCCAUGCCGACAUCUUGCUCCGGCUCGGUGAGUUUUCAUCUGCUCACGCAGAGUAUGAAGCCCUGCUCGACGCGCGCGGCAGUAGUCUCUCUCGCCCAGCACGACGGUUGUUGCGUCUUGCCCUUUACCGCGCAGCCAAGCUUGCGCGGUCCGUCGCGACCGUCCGCAAGCUUCUUGCUGCCAACAGCGACAUCAACUCGUCCGCAGCCAUCAACAAGGCCAUCAGGGCGCUGGAGCUGAUCCAGCCUGCCGCAGACCUCGCCCGUUGUGCACCAGAUGUUCUCUUGCUGCGCGCUCAGGCCGCACUCGUCGUCGAUGCCUACGCGCUUGUCAAGUACGACGCAUCUGUCAUCCUGGCCACCGAUGGUGCCACCCCGUACCAGGUCGGCUCUGCCAUCCUCACUCUUGCGCGCAGUCUCUUGCGCACCGCCGGCCAUGUCGACGGUGCUGCCGCAAACUUUAGAGCCUGUGCCCGUGCUCGCUACGGCGCUGCCACUGCCGAGGCCUGUGCAAACGGCACUGCGCUCGUUGUGCGGCUGCGGUCAGCGGCGGCAGCACCGGCAGCCUGCCUCGCUGAACCAGGCUGCAGCCUGGCCGAGUCGGAUGCCCUCGUCUUCGCAGCCGCCAGCCUGCAAUCAGCCUGCCUCGCUGCCACUGACCAUCAGCCGGAUGCCGACACACUCUGCAAUGCCGCGCUCGACUAUGAUGACCGACUCCGUAAGCGCCGCCGCCGGCUUCGAAAAGUUCACGGCGCACCAGAUGCCACGUCCGACGCUGCUGUCGCCAUGGUGAUCCACCUGGGUCGGCUCGCACUCACCCGCGGCGAGCUCGACAAGGCCAUGGUAUUGUUGCGGCGCGUUGCCAAUCUCGCCCCUGGCGAUCCGCGCGUCAACGAGCUGCAAAAGGCCAUCAUCGCAGCCCGCGACGCCGCCGCCGCCGAGGAGCAAGCCGAGGUCGGCGACUACUACGAGAUCCUGGGUGUUGCCCGCAACGCCACCACCAAGCAAAUCAAGGCUGCAUAUCGACGGCGGGCACGCGAGCUCCACCCUGACCGCAACUCGGCGCCCGACGCCGACGAGAUGUUCAUGCGCCUCGCCGAGGCAUACGCCGUGCUGUCGGAUCCCGAGACCCGUGCCCGCUACGACGCUGGCCAGGAUGUGUCGUCAACGCAUCGCGCAUCUGGUGGUGUCAAGUUUCACUUUGACAAAGAGGCCAUGGCCAAUCGCAAGCCGGGUGAAAAGGUCAAGGCCUGGUUUGGCUUCGCCGCUUGA